UUCAUGAACGGAACGGCAAACGUGUAGGAUAACCGCGCGCGAGGACAGAGUUAAAAUCGCGGCGCGAAUUUUAGAUAUUUUUUCCGCGAAGAUCGAAUACGUAACUUUUUGAUUUGUUUGGAAACAUUCGGUUUUGAUGACCUUUGGCGAUUUUUGUUGGGGGUGGGUCAAUCCGAAAAUGUGACAGUGUUAAUAUUUUGAGAAAAUAGUGAAAUACAUUUGUCGCAACCGACAAUCAAACCCAAAAAAGAAGUGAAGUCAAAGCCUUCAAGUGCCUUUCAAGAAAUCGUGCCUGAUUUGUGCGCAAAAAAAAACGCAAACGCCAGAUAUAACUAGUGACCAAACGUGUUUAACAAAAAAAGUGAAAACUCAACAGUAAAUAAGUCGAGCACACAAAGCUUGAGCACGUGAGGAAUCGAGUAUCACACAUUACGGAAUACUGAACAACAGAAAAAAAAACCCGGUGACCUCCGGUAAUUUAUAACAACAUCGGCUCGUGUAACCUGUAACGGUGCCGCAGCAGCAGCAGUAAAAAUGAGCUCCAACAGGCAGGGCGGUCCCGUGGGCCGCAUAGUGGACAAAAUCAAACGAACGAUGACCAACGAUGGGGAUGAUACCCGUGAUCCCCUGCAGUACGGCUACCAGCGGGUCAACACGGCGGAAGGUUCCAUGUCCACGUCGACCACCGGAACUAGCCUGGACACGAUCGUGCUCGACACCAACGCAGACGACCUGACGGGAACGCCCAGCAGCCGGAUCGGUGCCCAGCGGACGUUCAGCCCGAUCCUCGAGACGGACGACACAAACCCCUUUCUGGACCCGCCGACCAGCAAAGCGUCCUCCCAGGGCGGUGGACUGGACAACGCCAGCAAGGCCAAGAGCAAGUCCUCGCUGAAGGGUUCGCGCGUGUCCUUCGACCAGGAAGACCAAUUCGAUGCGAGUGAUGAGGGCUUCCGCAAGCAGCGGGAACACUUCCAGAAGCACAAAAGCCACAGCACCUCCGAGCACAAAAACCAGCUGAUAAAGGAACUCCGCCACCUGCUCGCCACCGACAACCGCCGCCAGUUCCAGGGCAAGAAGCAUGUCUCGCUAGACGUCCAGAGCUCCAAGGUGCUGGAGGAGCUGCUCAAGGCGUCCUCCUCCGAGGACGACUUCGAGGGCAGCCGCAAGCAGUUCCAGGAACGGAAGCACAAAAGCCUCGACGCACGCCACAUAUCGUUCAAGUUCGAGAAGGAACCGUCCCCCUCCAGCAGCGACGAAGACUUCGAGCCGUCAGCUUCGCUGCUGAAGAUCGACGCCGACAUCACCAAGCCGGUGAUCAUCGACAUGAAAGACCUGGAUUCUAGCGAGGACGAGGACUACGUCUCCUCGCGGAAACAGUUCCAGCAGAGCAAAUCGAUGAGUACCGACUCGCGCAAGAGCAUACGGUUCUUCGAGAUGGAAAUGGGCACCAAGGAGGAGAACAUCCGGUCGGCGGUCCCGUUCGUGCGGCAAAUCACCGAGGACGGCAAACCGAAGCUGGAAGUGUACCGGCCCACCACGAACCCGAUCUUCAUCUGGACUCAGGUUUUGGCAGCACUCUCGGUCUCGCUAGGUUCCAUGGUUGUGGGAUUCUCGUCAGCGUACACCUCGCCGGCGCUGGUGUCCAUGAAGGAUCGCAACAUUACCUCGUUCGAAGUCACAGAUCAGUCGGGUUCAUGGGUCGGCGGUAUUAUGCCCUUGGCCGGUCUGGUGGGCGGCAUUCUCGGCGGCCCGCUGAUUGAGUACCUCGGUAGAAAGAACACCAUCCUGGCGACCGCAACUCCGUUCAUCAUCUCGUGGCUGCUGAUUGCCUGCGCUACCCACGUGGCAAUGGUGCUGGUUGGUCGUGCCCUGUCCGGUUUCUCGGUGGGUGUGGCAUCGCUGUCACUGCCGGUGUACCUCGGCGAGACGGUCCAGCCGGAAGUUCGUGGUACGCUUGGGCUGUUACCCACGGCCUUCGGUAACAUUGGCAUCCUGUUGUGCUUCGUGGCGGGAAAUUACAUGGACUGGUCCGAGCUGGCAUUCCUCGGUGCGACCCUGCCCGUGCCCUUCCUCAUCCUGAUGUUUUUGAUUCCGGAGACUCCCCGCUGGUACGUUUCGCGAGGACGUGACGACCGUGCCCGUAAAGCUCUGCAGUGGCUGCGCGGAAAGAAGGCCGACGUAGACCCGGAACUGAAGGGUAUCAUCAAGUCGCACCAGGACGCCGAACGACAUGCCUCGCAGAGCGCCAUGCUGGACCUGCUCAAAAAGACCAACCUCAAACCGCUGCUGAUCUCGCUCGGCCUGAUGUUCUUCCAGCAGCUGUCCGGUAUCAACGCCGUCAUCUUCUACACCGUACAGAUCUUCCAGGACGCCGGCUCCACCAUCGACGAGAACCUCUGCACGAUCAUCGUCGGUGUGGUGAACUUUAUCGCGACCUUCAUCGCCACCCUGCUGAUCGAUCGCCUCGGCAGAAAGAUGCUCCUGUACAUCUCGGACAUUGCCAUGAUCAUCACGCUGAUGACGCUCGGCGGGUUCUUCUACGUGAAAAACAACGGCGGCGAUGUGUCCCACAUCGGGUGGCUCCCGCUGGCGUCGUUCGUGAUAUUCGUGCUCGGCUUUUCGCUCGGAUUUGGGCCCAUUCCGUGGCUGAUGAUGGGUGAGAUCCUGCCCGGCAAGAUCCGUGGAUCGGCCGCAUCGGUCGCCACCGCCUUCAACUGGUCGUGCACGUUCGUGGUGACGAAAACUUUUGCUGACGUUAUUGCCGCCAUCGGAACGCACGGUGCCUUCUGGUUGUUCGGCUCGGUGUGCGUGGUCGGUUUGGUGUUCGUGAUAAUGUACGUGCCGGAGACGCAGGGCAAAUCCCUGGAGGACAUUGAGCGGAAGAUGUGCGGCCGCGUCCGGCGAAUGAGCUCGGUGGCCAACAUUAAGCCGCUGUCGUUCAACAUGUAAACAUAGAAUACACACCCACACACACAAAAAAAACACUCAGUGAGAUGAUCGUUCGAUUCGUGGCUUGAUUCAAAAAGAAAGUAGAGGAAAAGUGAAUGGUUUUUAAAACAGUUAGCUAAGAGACUUUAAUGUGAUAUGUCAUUUAGAUGAAGAAAAAAGAAAUGAUUAACCACCCUCAUAGAGGGGUUCGAAGAAAAAAAAAUCUAGCAGAAAAGAUGUAGGACGCAAUAGUUUAAAACUGAAAACAAACGAUAGAAUAGCAGACAGAUUUAGUUUUAUUGAUUGCAACUCUUUUAUUUCACGUUCGAUUUUUACAAUAUUUAUGAAACUAGUACCAUAAAUUUUGCCUAAAAUGAGAUUUACAGUAGACAGCUAAAUAAAGAAAAUAAUAUUGUAUAUAUUUAAUAAUAUUAAGUUUAACUAAAGGCAUUAAGUUAAGUGAGUUCCUUUCACGAUGAUUGGUCGAACUAGAAUCCAAUCGAAGGAAUUCAAAACAUAAAUCGCCUAGCAUGACAGAUUGCUUCUAUAGUACUAAUACGGCCAAUUGAAAAUACCAAAAAUUAGACGUAAAUAUUAUCCUUAGUUGUUCCGCAGAAAAAGAGGCAACACUAGAAUACAGA